AUGCGGCCGUCGAGCAAGAACAGCGCAGCGAGUCAGGGCGCCCCCAAAAAAGCGCGUACCACGGGGAAAGGCAGUUCUUCCUCGACAUCGAAAGAAGAACCGUGCCCCUACCCGGGUUGCAAUUUCAACCACCCCCUCGAACAGUGCGGUUUGAAGAAGGAACACGCUCAGGACAAGGGAUGGACUAAAGCAUGACGGGGCCCUUCACGGGACUCCUCGCUCGUAGGGAGACAGGUUGAUACACCAUUAGCUGAGCAAACUCAUGUAGCACAGGAUGCCCGAGUUGACUCAGCCCCGUAUUUGAACGACUGUAGCAAAUCGAGGGAACCCUUUUUUCCUCGGGUUCAAGAUUUUAGCAGUAAUUCUGAGACAUCGGUAACAGCUGCCCAGGCACCGUUUCAUCGUCGGUCAAGUAGCAACGCAAGGGAAAAUAGGAAGAACAAACGCACUCGUGCGCCGACUUCUAGGUUAGCCCCGCAAGCUGAAUCUGUAUUGACUUUAAUACGUCAUUUCAUCAUAACACGGAAAAACGUGCCUCUGUUUCAAGUGCAUCGAGUGGUGGACCCACCUAUGCGGCGUUUCAUGUGUCAGCACUGAGUAAAUACCCACAACACCCGAAUGCGUUGAAUUCGUCCUCCAAGAGAGUGCGAAUUCCUGCCCGAGUUUGUAAUCACGCUGUGUCUGACCUCACUUUCGACACAGCAGCUGAUGUACCGUGUGUAUCAGCGUCUUUUGAAAAACCGCAUCCAGUCGUGAAACGUUUAUCUCUGAAACCUGUGCCUCCUGGCGUAAUUGAGUUGAAUAGCGCAGACGGAUCAGCGUUAGAAAUCCUAGGAUACAUCCGUUUCAAGCUCACACUGGGAGACAUCACACUACCAGCGGAGGCCCUCGUGUUGCCCAACCUAGGUCCGGACAAGAUGUUGCUCGAUUAUAGCAUUAUGAAUGCCUUUGAUGCCGUCCUUGAUU